AGCGUGUUUACUGCAAUAUUUUGUUUAUGACAUUAUCAUUUAAUUGUCAUCAGCGUUCGUCCAAAUUUUCGUAGUCCAUUAUCAUCAAAAUUAUGCAAUAAAUCAUGGCGGGUUCAUUAUUCAUUAACUCAUGCAUGAAAAAUGAUAAUGGAAAAUAUAGUUAAAUCGCUAGACAAGAAAGCAGAUUACCAAAUCCAUAGAACGCAACGUGUGGCUAAUUACUUUCACACCCAACUGAAAACGAUUUACUCAAAAAUACCAGCGCUAGGUUUGGAAGAAGCUACCCUAAAGCCGAAUCGCGCCGAGACGACUUCACUCAAAGGAACCCCCAAGAAGAUCAAAUUCCGCUCGAAAAAUAUGAACCAGUCGCUGAUCGACAUCAAGAAGCCGCUAGACAACAUGGCGCAGCUCAGGAAAAUCUCCACCAGCAUUCGCGAUAAGUACCUGAAAUUCGAAUUGGAAAGCUCGGAAAACACCAGCUACAUCAAGAAAGUGCGGGAUAUCGAACAGUUCGAUCGCGGCAGCGACUUCGGCUUGAAUUCGACUAUCAACGGCCCGAGAGAAUCGAAAAUAGACAGGCUGAAGCGCACGUUGAUUCCUCAAAUAGAUAUAAUCACGUCAGCGUCAAUGGAAUUAUACAACAUCAAAAUGGGUUCGUUAAAAACGGGAAAAACACUUCGAUGCUCGAACGAACCGCACGUAAUGAACGAAGUUAAUCUGGACUUGGAGGACUCCGACCUGUUGGAUAAUUUGCAUAGAAAAAGAUCGGAAAUGAAUAUAACGGAGUCCUUUAUGGAUGAGUUUAAUGCAACGGUGGAAACGUCGCCUAAAAAUAAAACGGAAGUGACCGUAAUUCCGGAUAAAAGCGAAACUCCUCUGGACAAAUUGAAGUCGUUCUUAAAGCGCGUACGUACACAACAGGAAGUUGUUCCAGACAUCGCACCCGAAUUAGAACAAAUGUAUAAUAUAUUAGGAAGCAUCCGGAUCAAGAAAAAACCAGAUCCGCACUAUUGGAUGCCCACUCGUUCCAGUAAGUUAAAGGCUAAUCGACCGGAUUUUUUAGACGACUAAUUUUACCUAUUAAAAACUCUCAAAUCAAACGCAAAGUGAGUAUAAUUUUUCAGUUCAAUUACUAAAUACAACCUAAACAGAAAUUUGAUUGCUGUCUAGAAGAUAUAAUGACUAAUAAACGCCCGUUUUCCAUUGUUUCCAUUGUUUAAAUAAUAAUUUACUCUAGAAUCCAAUUCGAAUCGUUAAAAAAAUCGAGUCUAUAACGACGUCAUUUGCGCGCUUCCUCCGGAACGUGAUGAGCGUUAGAACGUAAAGAAGGGACUAAAUUAAAUAAGAGAGCUAGAGCAGAGUAUAGAGGUGGCUCGUGAUGCUUAUAUCAAUUUUCGCUAACGAAAGCAGCGUAGUUAAUAGAAAGUAUCUAGUUAAUAAAAUAUAAUGAUAAUGUUACUUACUGAAUUAUUUUAGAACUUUUCAUUACCAAGGACUAUCGACUUUCUAAUAAAUACGUGUUUAUUUAUACUUUAUAUCCUUUACGUGACCUGCUUAAAGAUUAGUAAUAGGUUGCAAGAUAACUAUAAAGA